UUUAGUUGGGCCUGCCCUGGGCAGCCAUCUUGGAGGGUCGCGGUGGCCGGAGCUGGGCAGCCGCGUCUGAAGGAGACUAAGGCGCCGCCGGCUUGAGAAGCUGACUCCGGCGCCCAGCUGCCCUCCUCCCCCUUCCCCCGCCCCGAGCAAGAGGAUCGGAGCCUAGCGAAGAGCGAUGAGCAACUCCAGCAACAAGCGCGCCCCCACCACGGCCACCCAGCGACUCAAACAGGACUACCUGCGCAUCAAAAAAGAUCCAGUGCCUUAUAUUUGUGCUGAGCCCUUGCCAUCCAAUAUCCUUGAGUGGCAUUAUGUUGUACGAGGACCUGAAAUGACACCCUAUGAAGGUGGCUACUACCAUGGGAAGUUAAUUUUCCCCAGAGAAUUUCCUUUUAAACCUCCUAGUAUUUAUAUGAUUACACCAAAUGGAAGAUUUAAAUGCAAUACAAGGUUGUGUCUUUCCAUUACUGAUUUCCACCCCGACACGUGGAACCCAGCCUGGUCAGUCUCCACAAUCUUGACGGGCCUUCUUAGUUUUAUGGUUGAAAAAGGGCCCACUCUGGGCAGUAUAGAAACAACAGAAUUUACGAAGAGGCAACUGGCUUCGCAGAGUUUAGAAUUUAACGUAAAGGACAAAGUCUUUUGUGAAUUGUUUCCCGACAUGGUGGAGGAAAUCAAGCAGAAACAGAAGGCCCGAGAGGACCUCCACAGCCGGCCAACGGCUCUCCCACUUCCAGAUGUCAUCCCCGAUGGGGAAGCUCAUCACGGGCAGAACGGCCUGCCGGUUCUUAACGGGCACCCGCCUUUGGCGGCGGCCAACAACCCCCUUGGCCUCCAGCAAGCUAACCGCCACCACGGACUCCUGGGUGGAGCUUUGGCGAACUUGUUCGUUAUAGUGGGCUUCGCGGCCUUCGCCUACACAGUGAAGUACGUCUUGAGGAGCAUCGCGCAGGAAUGAGACGCUCUGGAGUUCUUCCUUCCUUCCUUCCUCCCAAGUCUGGAUUCUGAGACCAAAGUAACAGGAGUGGCAGGAAGGAAACAAAAGGAAGCAAAAACAUUUGGGACUCUGUGGGUCUCGUACUCCCGACUGUGGGCUUAACUGCUGUGAUGUGUACAGGGUUUUUUUCCCCCCCCCCCCCCCCCUUUUUUUUUUUAAAUUACUGGUUUGGCCCAUGGAAUUGGUUUCGUCGGAGGGGAGAGGAAACCCUGUUUGGGAUUGAAAAGGGUGGGAUGGAGCGAGGAAGAGGACAAACAUGCUGUCUCCCAAGAAAAGAAGAAGAAAAAGAAAAAUACGCUUUCUGAAAACAGGCAAAAAAAUUGUAGGGUCUAAAUUGACCGGCCUACAAAAUCCCCAUGUUUCUUUUCCUUUUUUCCUUUUUUCUUUUUCUUUUCUUUUCCAGUGCAGUCUGAAUCCGUUCUAACAAUCUUGGAGCUUUUGAGAACGUGGGCGGAAGCAUCCACUUUAAAGGCAACGUGGGGUUUGGGGCGAGAGAUAGGAGAUGGGGUGGGAGAACAUGGGCAGCCCUUGCCUGUUUUAAUACGGGUUGGUAACUGAGGAAGGGGGGGUAGAGGAAGAAGGGGAGCUCUCGUUUCCUUAAGAUUUCCCUCCCCUUAGAUCUCCUCGCUUGACGUGUUGGUGUCUGCUGCCGAACAGGUUCGCAGUGCGAGCAGGUGUUUGUGUGAACACUAGAUCCUCAAGGAAGCAUUUCCUCGUAAGAAGCUGGCAAUGCGGGAGAGUGAACUUUAAAAGUUCUUUUUAAAGUCGAGCCCAAACUCACCCCCAAAGUACAGUUUUUCUCCUUUUUUUAAAAAAAUUCUGGCCCCAUCAAAACUUGCCCAAUUGCUCUUUAAAGAGAGAGAGACAGAGAGACAGAGAGACGUGAGAAUUGAAUGGCCAGGUCUAACCAGCUCUCCUGGACCUUUUUGAUGAGCAUUUAAAAAAAAAAAAAGUUUAAAAGUUUGGUGUUCUGUGUUCUUUUUUUUUUUUCUUUUCCCCAAAAGGACCCCCGUUUGAUGACUUGGGUUUUGCAAUCAUGUUAUGUUUUGUAAAUUCAUCUCCAGGUUUUGCUGCUAUCAAGAGAAGGGAAAUGAAAGAGCUAAGCCCAGAUGGGUGGCGGAUAAAUUCCUUCUAGGUUUGACAACAACCACCCUCCCCCCCCACAAACACACCCAGGGGUGGGGUGAGAAAAAGACCCCGAUUUAUUCUCAAAUAAGCUGGACCUUUUAACAUUCCCCAUUCUGGGACAGGCAAAGAAACCCCAGAGUUAUGCUUCUGGAAUUAGUAGAAUGGUCCUGUCCAUCCAGCUUAUCUGGCCGGCUUGGGGUUACUGAUGCAUAUAUCUUCCCAUAGCCAAAAAAAGACAAGAAAAAAAGAGACCCCUGAGCCCAACCCAUUUAGCCUGGUUUUAUCAGCCCUCCUCCAUUGGUAUUGCCAAGGUUUGAAAGACCCUGUACUGCUAAAUACAUCUUUUAAAGCUUUCCUUUUGUUCGAAAGUAUUUUAAAGAUGAGAUUUCUGCUUUCCGUUAAGGUCGGAGUUAUUGGUUUUUAUUCCAAUUUUUGUAUAGCUUGCUUUUUCUCCUCCCCCUGGAACCCAUACACAAAAACAAAUUGGAAAAGUUUGACUUUACGGAACGAUAAUGGAGUAUCGACCGGGGAAAGGCAACUAGAAAGGAUUAAUUAAAUCCAUAAGCUGUUUAACUUAGACGAAGAAUGAAUUAAUCUGCUUUCAACCAAUUUCUCUGCCAGUAGGUGUGGUUUAGUUGUAAUUCUCCCAGUAGCUCUAUCAGUGAAACAGACAUUUGUUAAAAUAAAUCUUAUUGUCAGCGUAUGAAUGGGGCAGGGGGAGGAGAGAGAUGACUACGAUUGAAAAUAAUUUUAAGAAAGCCGCCUCAAUAUGCCAGACGCUGUUGUGGAUUACAUCUCCCGUCAUCCCUGGGCAACAGGGUUCAAGGACAAAUUGGAGAAGGGUACUCGGUUGGGGAGACUAAUUUAAAAUAUGUAUUUCCAUUUUUAGAAAUACUUCAGGGAUUGUGUGAUGUUCUCCCCAUCUCCCUCUUGUUGAAAUUUUGUUUGUGAUUUUUUUUCUCUUCUUCUUCUUCUAAAGCUUGGCCUUCUGUCCCAUGUUUUGCACCCGCAGUUUUCACAAGAUCUUAAUGUACAUAUUCAUGCAAAGGCAUUUCUUUCUACUUGAAAAAAAAAAGAAGCAACAGCAGCAUAGGUCACAUUCUUUAGUACCUUAAAGGGGUGGCAAAGAGGCCUGUUCAGGGGCACGUGACUUGGUUCACAAAUGGAGUUAAGCUUGGGUUUGUUUAACCAUAGUUCGUUGAAUAAAUCACUGUCUUGAGUUCA